AUGAACAGUAACAACAAAGAAUACUUAAUACAAGAACUAAAAGAUACACUUGCUAAUAGAAGUAUAACACCCAAUAAGUGUGAUACAGUAACAAAAGUACUCCCAAUAAUACUAGAAAUAUUCACAAGAGAAAGAAUAACGGACAGAUCCCAUAAGUCACUAGAACUUAUUACAUAUAACACACUAUGUUAUAUGCUAGACAAGUAUAUACUAGAAAUAAGCAACUGCACUGAUGAUAAUAUAAUAACAGCAGUAGAAGCAGCCGUUAAUAAAACAGAAGAGGUAAUUAAUAUAAUUAAAAAUACAGAAAAGGAAAUACCCGAAAAGGAAAAAGUGAAAUUUUUUAACUUAAUAAACAAUAAUCAUUUAUUCCUGUUCCAGGGAGUAUUAUUAAGGCAAAUUAUACAGUCAGAUAUAAGGAAAGCACUAAAACCCGAAUUAACCCGAAAAUUAAAACCCGUGGAUAAAUCCACUGCAAUAAAAAAACUAUUCAGCAAGACGCGCUCAGGACAGACAAAACUACAAAGACUUAUAGAACUAUUAACAGAAAAUAAUGGCAAGUUUACAGAAUAUAUUGGUAAUGUAGAAAAAGUAUUAAAACAUAAUACACAAUGUGCAAUAAGUAAUGAAGAUAUAGAAAUAUUAAAUUUAUUUUUAUAUGUAGAUAUGAGUGCAUUAUAUAAUAGUAUAUGUGUAAUAAGAAAUGCAUACAUAUUUAAAAAUUUUAAUGGCAAAUCAAAUCAAAAAUUUUUAUCAUUUUUUGAUAAUUUAUUUUUCUUUUGGAGCAACCCGAUGACAGAAGGCAAAGAAGAAGAAAUAACCCGAUAUAACCCGAAUUUCUUAUAUGAUAUUAUUAAUAAUACCACAGGAACCAUUUACAUUAAAGAAAUAAGCAAGCAGAUAGCAAAUGACUGUCUAAGCACAGGCGUAUCACAAGAUAAAUUUAAUAAUACAAUUAAUACGUAUAAGAAUAGUAUUAUAACACUAUUAAAUACACAAUCACCAGUAAGUAAUAAACUUAGUACACAAUCAGUAGUAAGUAAUGCACAAGAACCAUUAAAUACAGAACAAUCAGUAGUAAGUAAUGCACAAGAACCAUUAAAUACAGAACAAUCACCAGGAAGUAAUAAACUUAGUACACAAUCAGUAGUAAGUACUAGUAAGGGAGCACUUAAUAGAAUUAAAAGGGGCGUAUCAUUCAUAACCCGAGCCCAAGAUAAAAUUGAGGAUAAGAUAAUAGGUCUUACAGUAACAGCAGUCAAAACAGCAACACAAGCAAAAGCACUACUAAAAGAAGCAAAAAAGGCAAAAGCACAGCCAGUCCAGCCAGUAGUCCAGUCAGUAGAAGCAGUACAAGUACAGCCAGUAGUACAAGCAGUGGUAGAGGAAGAAGAAAUAGAAGUGGCAGAGGAAGCAAUUGAUCCAGUCGCAGAAGCAGCAGAUACAGUUGCAGAAGCACUUACACCAAAUAUAUUAAUAGAAGCACAAGCAGAAGCAGUCAAGCCAGUACAAGUACAGCCAGUCAAGCCAGUACAAGCAGAGGCAGUCCAGGCAGUACAAGCAGAGGCAGUCCAGCCAGUCCAAGCAGAGGCAGUCCAGCCAGUAUAUUCUGAAGCAUAUUCAGCUGCGUAUUCAGUUGACCAGGCGUAUGUAUCUAUUAAGAAUAAGUUAAGAAAUAUUAUACUAUGUGUAAUAAGUAUUAUAAUAAUAAUAAUUAUUUCUGUACUGUGUGUAAUAUAUUCUGGUGGUAUAUCAAGAUAUAUUACACAGUGUAUUAAAUAUUUUAGUAAUAUUAUAUAUAAAGUAGGUAAUAAGAUUAAUAACACAGUGGGUAUUAAAUCAUCACUAGAAAAAAUAAUAGAAGAUAUCGGUGGUGGAGUGAGUAAUUUAUUUAAUUAA